AUGCCUCCUUGGGCAAAACGGGUGUGCCGUGUCCCACAAUUGCACCGUCACUCGCGUCUACAAACAUCGUUGUUAAUUAUCUUCCUCUGCCUUUGCCAUGGGACCUCGGCUCAGCUCGAUCCAGUGAGAAACUUUUGCCGGCGGUUCGGCCACCAAACGGCUGUUAUUGAUAGGAAGCUUUACAUCGACGGGGGGUUCAUCAACUACAACCCCAUCUCCCAGUACCCCACGAAUUAUUCCAACACCGGUCUUCUGUACCAUGACCUUGAUACCCCUGGCGCAGGGCGAAUGCCUCAACUCUACGCCAACUUAACCAAGAACUCCACCAUCCCGACCGUUCACGGUGGCACACUAUGGGCGGACGAUAUCAAUAAGCGCUUUUACCUGUUUGCUGGGGAAUACUACCAACAGCCCCCCACGCCGCAAUUUACUCUGUGGUCGUUUGACACCAUCUACAAUACUUGGGAAUCUUUCGGCUCUCCGGCCGAAGAUGGCGUUGCUGCCGUGUCUUACGGUGCCGGGGUUUCGGUCCCUGAAAUUGGCGAAGGGUUUUAUUAUGGAGGAUGGAAAUCGAACAACACCGUCCCAGGGUGGUCCGGUCCGCCAAAAGCUGUGUCAGCCCUGGUGAGAUACAACAUGGACUCAAAUACCUGGUCCACCGACAACGGUCCGGAUUCCGUUGGAAGAGCAGAGGGUUCAAUGGUGUUCAUCUCCAUUGGAGAUGGGGGUAUGCUAGUGUACUUUGGUGGUAUUCAAGACCCUCACGGCAACGGGACCUGGAUUGGACAGCCGAUGACGACAAUUCUUCUCUACGACGUGCUUAGCUCAAAGUGGUAUACCCAGAACGCGACGGGAGACGUUCCCCAAAUGCGAAGACGUUUCUGCGCUGGGUCAACGUGGGCCUCGGACCAGUCAAGUUACAACAUUUACUUGUACGGCGGUGAAGGUGUAACCCCUGAUACGCCGGGCUUCGAUGACGUUUACGUGCUUUCCAUCCCCUCGUUCCAAUGGAUCAAGAUAUAUCCUCCCGACGGCAAUGCAACAGGACCUUAUCUUCACCACUCACUCACCUGUAACGUAGUCGGUAAGGCGCAGAUGGUCGUCAUCGGUGGUACAUUCCCAACAACCAACGACUGUGAUGCUCCUUCUCAGUACGGCUUCCACAAUCUUGAUUUGGGCGAGCAGAACCGGGAAAAGGCAUUAUGGCAGAUAUUUGCCCCCAACCUCACCGAUUACACUGUCCCAGCGCCCAUCAUUGCCGCCAUCGGGGGUUCGAACAGCGGAGGUGCCACCAAGACAGCUCCCGUAGGGGGAUUCAGUAACUCCGACUUGCGCGUACUCAUGACUCGCCAGGCCAACGUCCCAACCCGAACCCCAACACGUUCGAUACCCAACGCCACUGGCAGCCCGGGUCGAGGCCAGCCCCUUCCUACAGGCGCGAUCGCCGGCCUCGCCGUGGGGUGUGUCGUGGCGCUGAUACUCUUCGUCAUUGCCAUCAUCCUGAUCCGCCGUUGCCGUUAUCGUCGCCGCCAUGAUCUCCCGCAAACUUAUGCCGCAAACUCCCAAUCACAGGCGAAACGAACCCUCCACGCCAGCACUCACGAAUGGGGCAGCAGCCGCAACACUCAGAGCCUGUUAACCACGCAAACACCCAGCAGCCCCAAUUUCCAAAGCCCGUUUUUGGUUCAGCACCCCGAGGUCGACGGGAAUAGUCACUCCUCCCGACCCGCGGAGCUUCCCGUAAGAAACGACACAAUGGCGCCUCCAGAUCCAGGGACGACAUCGUGGCUAUCCCCAGAUGACAAUCCCUACACGCCCGGCCCAGCAGCGGCAGCGGCCGCGGUAAGCAGCGAAAGUGUUGGGCCUGAGACUAGGAUCGAUGCCGAAGGCAGAUUAUGGGUCCAAGUACCGCGGCACUCAGGGGCUGGCGGCAUUUUACUGUCCCCAUCUUCACAUGGUCACGGUAGCCCUGGUGGGAAUGUCAGUCCUGCAGGUGAAAGGUCCGGGAGUAGGAACGAGGAAAGAAAUACGGGGUGGUGGGGCCGAUAUUUCCGGGUCGGGGGACAACAACACAAAGGGAGCUCGAACCUGAACUCGAAUGCAAACUCCCCUGUGGUCGGUGUAACGGAGACAGAUGGUCCGCCGUCGCAUGGGCGACAAGAACGAGAAGUCGAGCUUGAGCAGCCUGCGGCGCCACAGGAACUGAGCGGCGAACCGAGACUGGAAGGGGACGGGCCUUGGGAGGAGAGAGAGGAGGAACAUGGCCGGCCAAAGCACCUUACCUUUUACCAUCCAUGA